AUGUUGCUCCCUCCUUCAAUACACGCAGAGGAGGACAAGAUGGACGCUGUCAUGACCCUCAUGAACCCGGCCUAUCGCCUCAAAUACCACCGCCAGACCUACGGCGACGACGCGUACCAGGUCAUGCUGCCUGUGGCGUCCACGCUGGAGGAAGAUGACACCCUGCUACCUCCUCUCCCCGUGGAUGGUCAGGCCUGCGCUCCCAAGAAACUCGGGCCGAAAAAGUUCAAGAGGAUCGCGGGGCGCGGGGACAAGUACGCUUCGUCGUCUUUCAACACGCGAGAUUCUGAACUCGGCCCGGCUGCAUCCGGAACCACGGCGGCUCCCUCUCUGUCGCAGGGGGUGCCACAGCGACUCCCUCUUCGUCACAGGGGGGGCGUGCGGGCGGAUCGGUCACGGUCGGGGGCAUGCCAGAACUACGGCGACGACGCGUACCAGGUCAUGCUGCCUGUGGCGUCCACGCUGGAGGAAGAUGACACCCUGCUACCUCCUCUCCCCGUGGAUGGUCAGGCCUGCGCUCCCAAGAAACUCGGGCCGAAAAAGUUCAAGAGGAUCGCGGGGCGCGGGGACAAGUACGCUUCGUCGUCUUUCAACACGCGAGAUUCUGAACUCGGCCCGGCUGCAUCCGGAACCACGGCGGCUCCCUCUCUGUCGCAGGGGGUGCCACAGCGACUCCCUCUUCGUCACAGGGGGGGCGUGCGGGCGGAUCGGUCACGGUCGGGGGCAUGGUGA